GACAAGCGCUCUAUACGUCAUAGAAAAUGUUGUAAAAUAUAUUGUAGGAUAAAUAGAUACAGAAGCGAAAACUUAUCUAGCCAAAUGCGUUUUGGCUUGCCAAGAAAAUAGCAGUGACGUUAAGAGAGCCAAGGUUGCAGAGUUACUAAGCCUGGUUAUCGAAUUUUCUGGAUUUACUACCUCUAGUGAAUCAAGCAAGGAUCUUAUGCGAUGAACGGCAAUUGGACUGUUUUGGCCAAACCCAAUUCAACAGAGCCUGGAGACGAGUACAUUGUUUUUAUGGAGGCGCAGCUUGGUGGUGCAACCGCGACAGCGGAAUCCCUACCCAAGAUGAUCAAACUGCGGCCAUAUGUGCCCUCCAAGAGGAUUGCCAUACGGGACUCGUCCAUCGACGAGGAUGCGAGCGACGAUGUGGAGGACGAGGUGUUCAUCAAGGAUGCCAGGUCGGCGAAGCGCAGCGAGGAGCAGGGAUUGAAGCGGCCCCUGAUGGCGCCGCGUCGCAAACACAGUCCAGGUUCCGGACCCGGAUCCGGCUCGGGAUCAACUCCGAUAAUGAAGCAGCACAGGAGGCGGCGCUGCUGCCGCUGCUGCGAACCCUUCUGCUACGCCCUGGCCGCUCUAACGGUACUGUGCGCCCUGCUCAGCCUGGCGGCCCUCAUGCUGACGCUCUUCCCGCUGCCGCUGCAGCGAAUCCGGCACUGGUGGCGCCCCGAUCCCGCCCAGCUGGCGGCCAUCUCAGCAGGCUCCUCCCGCAUCUCAUAUGGCAGCUCGCUGGGCAGUGAGUUUGUUCCCUGCACCCAGAUCAGUGUCCAGAAGCGCUGGUCUCGCAGCUUGGCGCGCAUGAACAGCGAGAGUCCGCUGCGAGCGGCUGAUCUGAAUGGCGAUGGCAUCAAGGACGUGGUCUUUGGCUAUGGAGUGGACGACAACAUACCCUACGAGGGCAUACCCUUGCCGCGCUGCCAGUGCGCCCAGCAAGGGGAGGAGGUGCCCUGCGAGGGCGGCGUGGUGGCCUUGAACGGACUGGACGGAUCCAUUCUCUGGCAAUCGUGGAGCGUGGCGAAUGUCUUCUCGCUGCACUGCAGCGCGGAUGUGGACGGAGAUGGGGGCACCGAUUGCGUGGCAGCUGGUAGAUUGGGAAUGAUUUACGCCAUCAAUGGACGCACUGGCUCCGUAAUCUGGAGCUUCCGGGAACUGGAAGUGGAAACAAACUCGCCCAUUGUAAUGGAUCUGUACACGAUUAAUGUGCUGCGCGAUCUGGAUGGUGAUUCGGUGCCGGAAGUUAUAGCCGCCCAUCUGGAGGAGCGCGAGGAGUCCAAGGCGGGACACAUAAAGCUGAUUUCGGGCAAGACGGGCAAGGUAAUCCGGAGCAUUCCAACGCCGUACCGCGAGGAGAUGUUCGUGCCCAUUCAGCUGAUCACGCAGGCGGAUGGCACGGAGCUCCUACUGAUUGUCACCGGCGGGCAGAACACUCCAGGUGGCAUUUACUCCUUGCGACUGCACUCCCUAAUGGCGCACACCAGUGAGAAGCACUUCACCCCGCUCCAUCGUCAACAGGGCUCGGGUCUGAUGGUGCCCGCCGUGCUAACCGAUCUAAAUGGCGAUGGUAUCUCGGAUGUUGUGGUGGCCGCCUUUAAUCGGAGCGUUCUAGCCUUCGAUGGAGCCAACUACACCAUGAUGUGGAACUACACGUUCCCGGCCAGCGAGUGCGUCAGUGCCAUUGUCCCGGGUCUAUUUAAUCACGACAGGGUCACGGAUUUCAUGGUGAAGUACAACACUGGACCGGGAUUCCCGGUAUACUACUACUCGCAAACCACCAUCCUGGACGGACGAAACGGACAGCCCCUGCUGAACGCCAUGAUGACGGAUGCAGGUGGUGCCAAUAGUCUUCUCGGCGGCGUCUCCAUUUCGCAGAGCUUCGGAGGCGACUUCUUCUUGCACUGGCAGCUGCAGUGCCGCAACCGUCCGGAUGCCCGGGAUGCCUACGAAUUUGUGCCGGAUAGCGACAUUAUACUCCAAGCCAGGGCGGACACCUGUCGUCUGCGUUACAACGAGUCCACGAUGCUGAAGCUCUACGGGAUUGCCAGGCACAUCGAACCACCGGGUGCGGUCCUCUUUAGCACCGAUGACUUGGAGGUGCAGCUGAAUCGCACACAACGACCGGCGGCAGCAGGAAAGAAAUCCCCACUGAAGCAUCCCAAGCUGCUCAAAAAACUGCUGGCCGGAAACAGGGAGCAACUGCUGCGCCAGGUGGCCGCCGGAUCGGAAAUUGGCAAUGAAAAUGGUAUAGGUAGUGGGACGGAGCACCCCAACCGUCGCCUCAAGACACACCAUCGACCCAAUCCGCUGAUGGAGCAGCAAUUGCAGGAACUUUUGCCUCAGGGAGCAGAUAACGAAUCACCUAACUUCGGAAUGGCAAGUGGUUACCCCAAGGAAUUUAAGGACUACGAUGCCCUACAACUGCCGCCAGAGAAUGCUAAUCCGCUGCGCCUGCCGGAGGAGUACGAACUGGUGUACAACGACGAAGUGCCUCCGCUUUUAGAGCCCAGUGAACGUGAGCGACCCAUUCACCUGCGCUCCAAAUAUCCCAGCGCCGGCAAUCGGGAUGUGCGCAGUGGAUUCCUCGAAGCCAGUGGCAGCAGCAUCAUAACCACCAGCCCUGCCACCCCCAGCUCCACCGGACAACCCAUGUCAGCUCAGUCCCCGCUGAGCCUGUGGGAUCUGGAGCUGGACAACGAGGCGCGGGAGCGAGCUGCGGACGCCCAGGAGGAAAACAAAAAACAGAAGAAACGUCGCAAAAGACGCGAGAGUGCUUCCGGAAUCACGACAACAGCGUCCGAGGAUUCCGCUGGUGUUGAGGAGUCCUCCGUAGGAGCUGACUGGUACUUGGCUUCCAUCUCAUCCACCGGCGUUUUGCUGAAAGCUCUGGGCAAUGUCAGCUCCUCGCUGGACUUUGCCUUCGUCCUCAACAUCCGAGAAUCGGAGGCCUAUCCGCCACUCUUCUCUCCGCAGGAUCUCAGCUGCGUCGAGGAGAAAGUCAGUGCGUACAAGAGCUACACCAUAGACAACUUACGCGUGCUGCGCAAACAGUUCCUGAAGCAGUGCCUCAGCGAGCGUCUGGUGGACGCGGAGCCCACCCUACCCAAGUUCGAGUCGCAGCUGGUGGUGACCCGCAUCGGGAUCACCUGCACCUGUCGCUCCCUGCGGCCGGGCGAGGUUUGCUCGGAGCUGGAUCCGGUGGAGUCGCAGCGCUGGACGGAGUUUAUGGGUAACUCGGGACAUGGCUUCUAUGCCAACCACUAAACUUAGCUAAUCGCUAAUCGCUGACCGCGGAGGAUUCGGCGCCGGAGGAUUGGGUCCUUUUGGCCACCGCAGCCGGAACUACCCGCGCCAGCCUAUCUCUUUCUCUCAAUGUCUCUGUCAACAGUCACUAUUGUAAUUUAUCGUCAUUUGCGUGUUGUGGGGUUUCUUGUAAUCGUAACAGUAUUUACCUGCGUGUAUUUGUGUAUAUUUUACGAGUUCUUUUGACAAAAAUAAAACUAAUCCACUUU